CAACAAACAACAAUCGAGCAAGGAAGCAAAAUCAUAACAACCACACGCAAUCAUCGUCUCGCGGUUGGUGAGCAAAGGCAAUGUCAGCUUCCUGUUCCUGAUCAUCAUCUAUCAUGGAGGACCCACCAACCUCGACAAGGUGUGCCGAAGACGGAGAAGCAAGUCACACCGUCAAGGGAGGUGAGGUAGCGAUGCGCGUCGUCAUGUAUAUGCGUGUCAAUGGAGACGGUACUGAGGGCAACGAGGAAGCACCAUUGGCACCAGAAGACGCAGCACGUGGCUUUGUGUUUCGAGGAAGGCCACUGGACAUGCACUGGUCGCCACUUCACAGGAACAAGCCCUGCACUGUAUGGCGCUACAACAAGACACCGCCGCCUGUAUCUGCGGUGAAGGGAGAUGCAUCUCUUCCAGACAGCGGCAAGUCAGUGUCCAGGAUUGGCUCGACAGAAGCGCGCAAAGAGCAGCAGCGGCAGCAGCGACCGAUGGACGCACAGGGUCAUGAUGACGAUGGUGGCGACGAUGAUGAUGAUGUCAGUGACAAGGGCGAGGCCAGAAGAGGUACUACUGUGGGGUCCCUGCAGCAGUCACGUGCAACGCCGUCGGCUUGGACGGUGGCCAAGCUGCGACACAAAACAAGAAAGCACCACCACCACCACCACCACCACCACCACCACCACCACCAUCAUAAGCGCAGCAAGUCUGCGGCAUCUGAGGCAGCAUCAGUGCUUCGGACAGCUGCAUCCAGCUCACACAGGGCCAAGAGCAAGCACAGCAUCGUGACGCGCAGCCCUCUGCUCAAACCGCUCAAGGAUUUGGCAGGGUUGACCCCGCACCUGCGUGGCCGAUGGUUGUGGCCUGCGAGCACAGAGAGCUUUCGCAGCCACAGCGACAAGCUACAGGCCUUGCACAUCCUAUCCAAGGCCUCCAACCAUCUCCACUGCACAGCAAAGCUGCAGGAGACAGGCGAAGAGGCGCCGUGCGAGGGCUGCACGCCAUCUGUGCUGCUCGCUCCAGCAGGUGUUGCCGCGCACCUGCCCUGCAUGUGCAGUCGGGUCAACGGUAUCCACGUUUAUUGCGACUUGGAAUUGGCGCUUCAGGUCGGUUCGCAGCACAGGCGAGGUUGA